GUAUUAAAACGCAAAUGUGUCCUACAGAAAAAAAACUGCAAUAGCUUCCCAAGAUGGCGGACGCUUUUCAGUAACGGAAUUUUAGUGCUGUUGGUGAAUUUAAAAUUAUGAUAACGCAACGAGUUGCUGAGAUAAUAUCAAGAUAGUUAUUUUCAAUAAUAGUACUAGCUGAAAGAAGAGAAGGGCGAAUAAUGAAUGGGGGGAAUGGCGAUUCCAUCGGAAAUUCAAGACCUGCAACUGCAGCAGACGAAGUGAUGGGCCAAGGCCUACCAUCGACAUCAGCGGAAGUUCCGUGUGUAAAGUGCAGAAAAUUAUUCCGUACGGCGAGAGGUGCUUUACAACAUCAGAGACAAUGUAAAGUAAUUGUGUCAAGAGUCGAUCUUCUGCCUGCAGAAGAAGAGGUUCCUAUGCAUGAAAAUUCUAACAACUAUGCAACAGAAGUAACAAAUCCUGAACAGUUUUACUGGGGUGAAGUGAAGGGAAGUGAUUUUACAAAACUGAUUGAUUCAUGCUAUGAAAAAAUCGUUUUCUGGAGAAAAAAUCUUUUCAUGCUCCCAAGUGGAGGCGCUGGCAAAGACUUUACCCGGGAAAUAACUAGAUUGCUUAAUGCUUGGGUAGAAGAUAGCCCGCUGGGAUCGAUAUCUAUGAAGGCGAUUCACAUCAUGCCAGCCCUUUUACUCCAAAAACCAAGCAAAACCUCCAAAACCAGAGACCAUGUAAAAGCUCUGGAAAGAAGACUGCGUUUAUGGCAUGGAGGGGAGAUUAAUGCGUUGGUGAAUGAGGCAGAAACACUACAAUCAAGACUGCCAAAAAUGAUGGAGAAGAAAACAAUUGAAACAAUCUCAAAACAGUUUAAGGAGAAAAUGGAAAGAGGUGAUGUGCAUGGCGCAAUCAAAUUGCUUACAAACAAUAUGAGUGGAGGAGUGCUUCCAUUAGACGAUGCGACAAUUGCAACACUGAAGGAAAAGCAUCCCAAAGGACAAAAUACUAAUGAUUACAAUCUACUGCAUGGCCCUGUUCAACGCAUCAAUCCGAUAAUAUUUGAUGCUAUUGAUGAGCAAAUGGUACUAAAAUCUGCAUUGGCAACACAAGGUGGUUCGGGUCCUUCUGGUUUUGAUGCUGAUGGAUGGAGAAGGCCGCUGACAUCAAAAAUGUACGGAGAGUGUGGCAAGGAUUUACGAUCAUCCAUUGCAAAUGUCACAAAGAAAAUUUGCACCCAACAAAUAAAUGAUCAAUCGUUGCAGGGUUUUCUAGCUGCAAGGUUAGUACCACUUGACAAGCAACCAGGAGUCCGACCCAUUGGGGUCGGGGAAGUGCUAAGGCGGAUCUGUGGAAAGUUGGUUAUGUCAAUUGUUAAAGGAGAUGUUAUCAUAUCGGGGAGCAGGGUGCAGAUGUGUUCUGGUCAAAAAGGAGGAAGUGAGGCUGCAAUCCACUCGAUGAGGAAAGCAUUUGAAAGUGAAGGAGCUGAGGCGGUGAUACUAGUAGAUGCCGCUAAUGCUUUCAAUAACAUUAAUCGGAAAGCUCUACUUCACAAUGUGCAAAUAUUGUGUCCAGAGUUCUCAAAUUAUGUCGUCAAUUGUUAUCGUGUGCCUGCCAGAUUGUUUGUCAUUGGUGGAAUUGAACUUCGCUCUAAUGAAGGGACCACUCAAGGAGACCCAAUUGGCAUGGCAGUUUAUGCUAUGGGAAUUACACCACUCCUUAACAUCAUGUUGUCAACAAUUGCUGAUGUUCCAGAUCAAAUGGCAGCAUUUGCGGACGAUAUUACAUCAACAGGAAAAUUGCAAUCAUUGAAGCAAUGGUGGACCAAUAUUACAACAAUCGGUCCACACUUUGGAUACUUUCCCCAGCCAAUGAAAUCAUGGCUAAUUGUAAAAGAGGAACACUUUGAUCUUGCCAAAACAGUGUUUGAAGGCACAAAUAUACAAAUAUCCAAAGAUGGUGAGAGACAUCUUGGCGCCGUUAUUGGAAGUAAAACAGCCAAAGAUCAAUACUGCAAAAAGAGGGUCAAACACUGGUCUGAUGAAUUGACCUUGCUGACACAAAUUGCAGUCACCCAGCCACAGGCGGCAUAUGCAUGUUAUGUGAGUGGCUUUCAGCAUCGCUACUCAUACUUCAUUCGAACGAUACCUCAAAUGGAAGAUUACCUCCAACCAAUUGAAGAUAUUUUGAGACAUCAAUUUAUACCAGCCAUCACUGGUGGGAAAGUCAUAAACGACACAGAAAGAGAUCUUCUGUCCCUCCCUCCUCGGAUGGGCGGACUUGGUCUUAAAAAUGUCUGUGAAAUUGCACCGAUCGAGCACGAGAAUUCAAAGCAAUUUACAUUUAAACUUCAGAAUCAGAUACUUGGCACCACUGAAAAUGGGGAAAUAAAAUCAAUUGCAAUGAUUAAAAGUGAGAAGAACCAACGAAAUAAAGAAAAACUGGUGCGACUCAGAGCCGAGUUGAAUGAAGAUCAAAAGAAAAAGAACGACUCCAAUUGCCUAGUCGGUUCUUCAAUCUGGUUAACAAAUCUUCCAAUCAAAGAGCUUGUGUACGAUCUCAACAAAGAGCAGUUCCAGGAUGCACUGCGUAUUCGAUAUAACUGGACCCUACCUCGAUUACCCACUGAAUGUAUCUGUGGAAGCAGUUUUGAUGUUUCACAUGCGCUGUCCUGUAAGAAAGGAGGGUUUGUGGCAUUAAGACAUAAUGAGAUUCGCGACAUAACAGCAAAGCUAAUUGAUGAGGUAUGUGUCAAUGUUCGAAGCGAACCAAGCUUGAUGGCUCUAGAUGGCGAGCAGUUUCAAUAUCGUACUGCCAAUCGCAGCAGAGAAGCACGUUUGGACAUCAGUGCUACUGGGUUCUGGACUCCUGGGCAAAGAGCAUUUUUCGAUAUAAGGGUCUUUGACCUAAGUGCUCGAAGAUACAGGGGUCUGGAGCUCAGCAAGUGCUUCAAAAGGAAUGAAGAUGAAAAGAAACGCCAUUAUAACGAGCGAAUAAACACCGUAGAAUAUGGGACCUUCAGUCCCCUUCUCUUCUCAACAAAUGGAGGAAUGGGUCGUGAGUGUGGAGCGUUUUACAAACGACUAUCAGAGAUGAUUGCUGAAAAGCGGGAUGUCACAGUUCAACAAUCGACCAAAUUCAUAAGGUCGAAGAUCUCAUUCAGUUUGUUAAGAUCAACUUUACUAUGCAUCAGAGGCGCACGCUCAUUGUGGGGUAGGGAACCUGCAACAAUCAAUGACAUUGAACUCUCCAAUUCUCUUUCAAGGAUUGUAGGCAGCGAUUAAUCAAUAAUCUAUUCUGUGAAGAGAUUUUAAAAUUCAAAAACAAUCAAAACAUUCGAACAAUCAGAUUAAAUAGACAGUAGUACAGUAUUAAAAAUAAAUAAAUUGUUGCUAUAAUUGUAAAAAAAAAAAUAUAAUCCUAUAUAUAUAAUGUGUCCUACAAGAAUGGAAAUUUUUGCCUCUCUGAGCACCGACACGGGAGUAGUCGUGUGUUCGAAUCUCAUCUUGGUAACUAUUUUUACUUUUUUUUUCUUUUUACUAUCUCGCCCGCGAGGACGUGUUUACAGACUGACCUAACGAAAAUUGAAAUUUCGAGAAAUUUUCUAUCAAUAUUAUUGCCUAUCCGAAUAGCAAAAUACAUCGUGUCUAACUUCAGCUUUUUAUAAACUUUUUGGCGAGGUUGUUUGCGUAUAUCAUACGUCUUGUUUGUCUCAUAAUGGCCGCUCUGUUUGCACACAGUUGCUUCCCGUCUAGCAUUUUUGACGAAAAUUUUGGUAAUAUAGCAAGGGAAAUGUGCCAGUGUUUAGCUUUUUUGACUCUGACAUCUGCCUGGCAGGGAAAAAAUGCUUAAGCUUGGACCAGACAGAGAUCUUUUGUAUGGAUUUCUUCUCACAGAAACAUUGUUGGAGCUGAUUGAUGCCUUGUGAUUUAUUUGAAUCCAUUUAUAGUAUUACCAAUGCCUUUGUAUGGAUAAAUGGACUGAAGAUGGCCUCGUUUCACGUAUCGUUUCCAUUUUCUCAAAACACCCUGAUGUUGGAAAUGUACACAAAGGAAACCGUCUAUAAGAUGCUCAAAAAUUCUUGUUCUCUAAACAAGUGUAUUUGCCAGUUGGACCAAGCCUACAAAUCAGGGAUUCCGUGAUAAAGUAUAUACAGCCAAAGCUACGUUGCCGAGGACAGUAGAGAUAUAUCCCUAAAACAAGUGAAGUUUAUAAUUUUAUCCUAAAUUUUUAAUCUCUUUUUUAAUAGAUGAAUGUUGGUGCUGUUUUUUCAUUUUUUUCAUUUUUAAGUUCUAUUUUAUAUAUAAAAUGAUUUCGUCUAUUUUUUUUCCUCAAUGCAAAUUCAACUACAAAGUGUCUGUUCUUAUUUCAAUUUAAAAAGUCUUAAUAACACAAUAGUCGGACCCUUUUAUAUUACCAAAUCUGUACAUUCUUAUCAAUUCUUGUGUGCAAAAUUUGAGAGAAUUGUUCUAUUAGUUUGUCAUUUUUAUUUCUAGUGAAAUUUCAUAUUAGAAAGUGCAAUAGAAUGAAUAUGCAUUAUGCACAAUAAUUUAGUUAGUGAUUCUGAUCUAAAAUAAAAGUUUAUCAAAAGUUUAUUUGGAAACUGUUUUGAGCGACAUACCUAAUGUGAUUAUAAAUUACAUCAGCUUUAUUGACAUUAAAUCACAAAACUGCAAAAGAUGCAUGAACCUAACUGUACUACCACAGACGUGGUUGUGCAAAAUAUUUCCUUGUCUAAUAUUGUUCUGAUUGAUAUUUACUUAGUCGUUGUAUUUAUAAAAUAGAGUAUAAAUUAUAUAAUUAUACUUUUGAUAAAUUAUUAAAACUAAUUA